ACGCGCAAGACAGUGCUCUCAAACCUACACGAUGUGAUAUUUCUGGGCUUGCGGAUUCGGCUCCCGAAUUCAGGCAGGCCAUGGUCCAGGAGCACUCGAACAAACCGGGUUUUCGGGUCGCGACGAUACCUUCCCGUUUGGCGCUCGCUGUAUGCAACCUUCCCAAAUACCCGGUGCCCACUCGCAUCUCCAGAACAUCGAGCCGAUUCCCUGAUCUCGUCAGCGAGCGCGGGGCUGGCUCUUAUUCCUACCGUAGCUCUCUUUGCAACGUUAGGUGUCCCGCCAAGCCGAACAGCAUGACAAAACCCCAGCUUCCUGUUGGUCGCCUACUCCGGCCGGGGAUCCGGACGCCGAUAGGAGGUUCAGGAUCUCGGAGGCCAUGUGCCGCAACACUCAUUUCUGGAAAGGUCUCGGCACGGCGGGACAGCAAAGUGACCAAACCCCAGGAACCUAGGCUGGGCACUCUCCCAAAUUCACCGCAGGACCGAUACCUAGCCUGGGCACGCAACGGGACGGCCCUGCCAUUGCCCCUUGCCCCUGCAAUCAGCGGGAGCUCUAUCCGAGACGGACGAGGCAACAGGACAAAACCACCACUUAUUACACAGCACAGUACACGCACCUCCACGCCUCACGGCCGCCUCCACGCGAACCAGGUUUGGUCUCACAGCAACACCCGGGGAACUUGGCAUGUGUCGGCGAUGGCGCUUGCACGCUCGCCCACGCCGGGAUUGCGCAACUCUCGGCGUGUUGUCCCUGUAGUCACAGUACCGACCGUGUAUUAAGAGUAUAGUCAGCUUACCCAUCCACAUGCGCUUGGCCCGGCCUUACCCAUACGAAUGCCCAGCCUAUUCCUCCAAUGGAGCAUUGGACGUUGCAUCGAGUCCGCGAUAGCGGACAGGGUUGCCGCGUCCACCUACCGGACAGUUCACCUUGCCCCCAUCCUUCGUUGGGUCCUCCACCAAAG